AUGGGUAAAGCGUUCAACAUCUCCCUUGCGGCCUUCGCCGCUACCGGGUCGUUCCUCUUCGGGUAUGACUCGGGCGUCAUGACCGAUGUUAUCGCAUCCGAGAACUUCCUCGAGUACUUCCACACCGACAAAGGCAGCGCCAUCAUCGGCGCCAUCAACAGCACCUUCUCGGGAGGAGCCGUCUUUGGGUCGUUAAUGGGAGGUCUCACCAUGGACAGGUUCGGGCGCAGGAAGACCAUCAUGAUCGGGGCGCUCAUUGCCCUCGUCGGCUCCAUUCUGCAGGCCGCCGCGCAGAAUCUUGCCAUGAUCCUCGUGGGCCGAAUCAUUGCCGGGUGGGCGGUAGGGCUGCUGAGCAUGUCGGUCCCAGUUUAUCAGUCAGAGUGUGCCCAUCCUAGGAUUCGGGGUCUGAUUGUCGGCCUGGCCCAGCAGAUGAUCGGCGUGGGCUUCAUUGUGUCCACUUGGGUCGGAUACGGAUCCGCGCAUGCCUAUGGCAGCCUAGGCCAGUUCCAGUGGAGGUUUCCCCUUGCCUUCCAGGCCGCUCCCGCCCUGAUGCUUGUCUGCGGCAUCAUGUUCUUCCCCGAGUCUCCCCGCCACCUCAUGGAGAAAGACCGCGAGGACGAGGCGAUGCGUGUCAUUCGGAAAUUGCACUUCGACGGCACCAAUGAGGACUGGAUUCAGAAGGAGUUCCAUGAAAUCAAAACCACCAUUGCCGCCGAGAAGGCCAUGACAAUUCCGGGUUGGCGCAUCAUGUUUACCGUGCCACAGUGGCGGACCCGUCUCAUGCAUGGUGUUGCGGUCCAGGUUUUCACCCAAUUCACCGGCAUCAACGUGAUCGGUUACUACCAGACCCAAAUGUACGAAGCCCUCGGCAUCGUCGGGAACAGGGCGUUGCUGGUCGCCGGCAUCUACAACUGCGUUGGUCCGCUGGCCAACUUGAUCUUCAUCACCUUGAUGAUCGACCGGGUUGGCCGCCGCCGCCCUCUCCUCUGGGGAACAGCCGCCAUUGCCAUUGCCCUCAUCUGCGAGUCCGCCAUCAACAGCCGGAUCGACAAGGCGAACCCGGAUCACGGACUCUCUAUCGGUGGCGUCUUCUUCAUCUUUUGCGUCACCGUCAUCUUCUCCUGGUCUUGGGGCCCCAUCUCGUGGGUGUACAUGUCCGAGGUCAUGCCUAUGCAGAUUCGUGCCCGCGGCAACGCCUUCGCGACGGGUAUCGGCAACUGGCUUGUCUCGACCUUCUGGGCACAAGUGUCCCCAAUUGCGCUUAAAGAGCUCGAGUGGAAGUUCUACUUUCUGUUUGUCGCCUGGGACAUCCUCGUCACCAUCCCUGUUGUCUUCUUCUUCUUCAAAGAGACAAAGCAGAUGUCUUUGGAGGAGAUUGAUCUUCUCUUUGGGGAACGAUCCCUAGGUGCUCUCCCUAAAGACCUCGACAAGGGUGAUAUUAUUCAAGCAGAAGCGCACGGGGUUGAUGAGAAAUCAGCCUAA